CUCUUUUUACUCACUUUUAUCUGUGUAAAUCUCUCACUGAGCCGGACUUCUCUUUGUGUCUGGAUCAUCGGAGCCGUUGGACCGAGGACAGCGGAGUUUGAGGCCGCAGAGUGCGCCUCUUUCUCGGGGUUGAAACACCAGCCCUGCGCCUCCUGCUGGCUUCUCUACACAACCUGGGACCCGACAGAGCGGUGCCUAAAAUGGAGGCCAACCCGCUCCACCCCCACUGCCUUAAAUGCAUCAACAGGAGGUGUAUGGCGAGACCGGAGAUGGGCGUUUCCUGCGAUCUCAUUGGCUGCCCUUUAGUCUGCGGCGCCGUUUUUCACUCCUGUAAGUUGGACGAGCACCGCCUCCUCUGUCCGUACGAAAGAUUGCCCUGUUUGAACAGCGGGUUCGGAUGCCCUUUUACAAUCACGAGAAUCAAGAUGGCGCAGCAUCUGGAAACCUGCCCCGCGAGCAUCGUCUGCUGCACGAUGGAGUGGAACAGGUGGCCCGUUAGCUACGCAGAUCGAAAGUCCUACGAAAAUCUCAGCAAAGAUUUCGAUGAAGUUGAGCAGCUGGACAUGGCGCUAGCUUUACAGGACCAGAGAAUGUUACUAGAAUCACUGAAGGUUACCACAACGAUUUCAAAAAAUGGCGAAAAGAAAGACGAUGAGAGUGACAAGAUGGCGACGUCUUCGAACGAGGCGGCGGUGGAUAUGGAACAAGACGAGCCUUACAACGAACUUUAUAAAACUUCAGUUGAAACCAGUAGAAGUUUAGCUGCAGCGUUGGACAUUUUGACCAGUUCUAAGGAAAUUGAAAUAGUUAAUAAUAUUAACGGGGAGGAUGACGAUAAAGCUCAGAGUGAAAAUGCCGAUGUUUAUGGAGCAGAAGGCGGGAGAAACAUAGAUAUGCAGGACUCUGAUUGGUUGGAUUCAGAUUGUGAGCUCGGAGCGGUGGGAGGGGUCGACUGCGCCGUAGGGACUGACCCCAUAGACUGGGCGGACGAAGGCGAACUCGACGUUUUAUUUGAUGAAAAUGAAAACGCGAACUCGGCACCACCUCAAGGUCACAACGAGGUUUUAGUGGAUGAUUAUUUACCGAUCGUAGCUUUGAACCCGCCCACUGUCCCUCGCCACGCCCCCCUGCCCAUUCCAGUGCCGUUUCUAUUCUCUGAUAACCUUGUUAGAAAUAACUUUUUGCAGCAUUUGCCGUCGGAACUCAGAUAUCGGUGUUUGGAACGGAAAUUACAAAACGUGGACGUGUUGAGAGGCAUUAGCAUGUUUACAUUUAACGGAAGAAGAGCUCUGCUCUCGGAUCCUUAUCUGUUCAGAGCCAAAAUGGAGGAUAAGUCUGUUGAUACGUCUGAUUUAGAAGUCGCAGAUGAUCCAAUGGGACUUCACGGUAUCGAUCUGAUCACGGCGGCGUUGCUUUUCUGUUUGGGUGACUCUCCGGGCGGCCGAGGGAUUUCUGACAGUCGGUUUGUGGAUGGUUACCAUAUUGACUUCGGUACUCAAACCUUUUCGUUUCCUUCUGCCAUCCUCGCCACGAACACGAUGGUCGGAGACAUUGCUUCCGCCUCCGCCUGCGACCACGCCAGCCCCCAACUCUGCAACCCGAGCCCCUUUCACACCUUACGCUUAGACUUGGUUCUCGAAUGCGUCGCCAGGUAUCAAACCAAACAGCGUUCCAUGUUCACGUUCGUCUGUGGACAGCUUUUCAGAAGAGAUGAGUUUUCCUCGCAUUUCAAGAACGUCCACGGGGAUAUCCACGCCGGGUUGAACGGGUGGAUGGAACAACGCUGCCCCCUAGCGUACUACGGGUGCACCUACUCCCAAAGACGCUUCUGUCCUCAAGUUCAAGGAUUCCGGAUUAUUCACGACAGACAUCUUGGGUCUUUUGGAGUUCAGCCGGGAGUACCGGCGAGGAACGGGGAGAACGGGCGGAGACUCGGACACGCCUUUAGCUCGGAUCAGCUGAGCCGUCUUCCCUUCGAGGUUCUCCAGUACAUGGCGAGUUUCCUGGACAGUUUCAGCCUGUGCCAGUUCUCCAGAGUGUCCAGGACCAUGAGGGAGGUGUGUGCCAGUCUGCUCCAGAUGAGGGGCAUGGUGGUCCUGCUGUGGGAGAAGACACGCAGAGAGGACGGGUCUCCUGCCUGGCACAUCACAGAGAAGGUGUGGAGGUUCAGCACGGCCUUCGGGACAGUGAACGAGUGGAAGUUUGCUAACAUCGCUAGCAUGGCUGACCACCUGAAGAAGUGUAAAUUCAACACGAUCUCGCGGCGAGAGGAGGCGGUCCCUCUGCCCUGCAUGUGCUUCACCAGAGAACUGACCAAGGGGGGGCGCUGUCUGCGCUCUGUGCUCAAACCUGUGGCAUAAGCUCGCUCUGACCAAGGGGGGGCGCCGUCUGCGCUCAGACCUGUGGCAUAAACUCUGACCUCCAGGACUGGACGCUCUGCAAACGACACGAGUGCAAAUGACCUGAGUUCACAAAGUUCAUAAUGUGACUUUAAUAUUUGACUUUGUCUAGUUUUAACUGACCUGAAAAAAACAUUUCAUGUCAAAACUACUCCAAAGUCAUGAAUUAUAAUAUUAAAGCUGCACUGUGUAACUUUACACCCGCCUGUCUCCAUGGAGAUAAUGUUGCUUUGGUUAGAAUGUUCCACAGUAUGACUUUAAACUUGUGAAGUUACAGGUCAGAUCUGUGAAGAGACUUGAGAGAAAUAAAAACACCUGGAACAUUCCAGACACGGCAAUGGCAUCUAUGGAAACAAGAGGAUAUCAAACCUCCUCUAGAAAUGUUCCAUAGUGCGGCUUUAAGAGUUCGAGUCAUUUUAACUCUAGUGUUUGUAGUGAGUGUUUUUGCUCCAGUGUUUACAUUCACUUUUCUAACCUCAAAAACACGACACCAUGUUCACUCCUGACGCCUGCACACGCGACUCUGAGUACACGAGGUACAAGUACUGUAAUCCCACUGAAGUACAAGUACUGUAAUCCCACUGAAGUACAAGUACUGUAAUCCCACUGAAGUACAAGUACUGUAAUCCCACUGAAGUACAAGUAC